AUGACAGACGAGAUUCGAAGAGCAUUAUGCAAGCACAACAAGGAUAAUCCAAGUCUCACUCAAAAGCAAUUGCAAGAAUGGGUUCAUAGUAACUAUGGUUUGCAGGUGAGUCAAGCGACAAUAUCGAAUACAGUUAAGCGGUCUUUAGAGUAUCUCUCACUUGCUCCCGAAAGAGGCGAUGUUAAGCGACACAAACGGGCAAAAUUUCCUGACCUAGAAAAAUCUCUCUAUGAAUGGAUUCUUCAAUAUCAAGAACAUGUGAAUAUGACAGAUGAAGGUGGUGAAAGCACUCAAGAACUCCAGAAUUUGAUCAAAGAGUUGGGUUAUCGCAAUGCAAUGGAUGUCGAAGAUGUUCUGACUCACCCAAAAGAAAAUGUAGUUGCACAGUUGUUGACUGAUGAAGAAAUUAUUGAAAGCGUUAUUGGAAUUAAUAAAGAUGAUAUCGAUGAAGAAGAUGAUGAAAGUUCUACAAUGGAGCCCCCUUCGCGAAACGAAGCUAUUAAAGCGGCAAUCACCACUACUAGAAAAUGA